AUGCUGUGCGGGUGCUUUUACGCGGUGUCUCCCGCCGCUCUCGAUUCGCGUGCGGAUAUCCCAGACGCUCUUGCAAAGUUCCCCUCCGGCCCCUUAAACCAGUUCCUGCGACUCAUUAGCAGCCUACCACAAGGCGCAGCUGCACUUGAUGCAGUUGGCAAGGUUUUGACACCGCUGCAACAAGGCCUGGCUGAUGCAGUUGGCAUCGACACAACGAAAGAUGAUCUGGCACAGAGCACUUCUUGCGCUGAUGUUACGGUUGUGUUCGCGCGGGGAACGACCGAGCCAGGGAAUGUUGGGUUGGUGACCGGGCCGCCCUUUUUCGAUGCGUUGAAGGAGCAGUUGGGUAGCAAGUCUCUUGCUGUUCAGGGCGUGGAGUAUCCUGCUACAUUCGCUGGAUUUAAUAAGAAUGGUACGGAGGGUGUGCCGAGCAUGACUGCCUUUAUCAACCAAGCUCUUACGACCUGUCCCGAGACCAAGGUAGUCGUCUCCGGGUAUUCCCAAGGGGCUCUCGUGGUCCGUGGCACAGCCGCGUCACUGCCCGCAGACACAAUGUCCAGGGUCAGUUCGGUUGUAACAUUUGGAGACCCGAGGAAUCAGACUGCCAUCACCGGGGCGGAAGGCAAGACCUUGACUAUUUGCUACGAGAACGAUGCUGUGUGCAGCGGAGGAUUCAUCACAGUCGACCACUUGACAUACGCGGAUAAUGCGGAUGAGGCUGCACAGUUUGUUGUGGGAAAAGCUCAGGGGUGAUUCGAAUUUGCUGAGGGUUAUUGCGAUUGUCUCUGUGGCAGUUUCUGCGCCGGAGUGAACCUCCAUGUGGUUUACGCAAGUGGUCGGGCAUUGAUUGAGGUUUCUCGGUGCUCAUUUAGUGAGGUCGC